AUGGCUCCUAGAAGAGCAUACGUCUCCCUGUUCCCCAACAGCAAUGUCGAUGUCGACUUGUGGGGGCGCUUUAUGGAAGAUGAAGAAAUCACAGCUGACUGUCCACCUCCAGUCAAGGACGUUCCUGACAUGGCUUCCACGAAACUGUCCAAGUCGUCCAAUGUCAGCUUGAGUGCGUCUGAUCAAGAACAGGCGAUUACGUACCUGCUGGAACAUUCAAUCGAAAGCAUCCUUCAUGAUCUUCUUCUCGACAUACACCAAGAGGAAAAGAUCGCUCGGAUGCAGACUGCCGUCCUUGAAGUCGAACAGAAAGCUGAGAAACUGAAGACCGCUCAAGAUGGCGAAACCACCAUUAAGAUCGAAAAUGAAGCCGUCGAAACUGACGCUGCGAUGCUCAAGUCCGGCGAGGUUCAGCUCAAAGGAAACCCGAUGAAGACAGUCAAACACAUCAGAUGUCCGAAUUGUCGUCUCCGCCGCCUGCUGUACCCUCGCGUUGGCUACAAUGCUCGUCCUGUUCCCGAUGCCAGUGAACAGUACUGCAAAACUGAACCGAUGAUUGUUCUUGACAAGCAUGACGUGCAUGGCCAGCGCAAGAAAGGCGUCAAAGUCAAGGGUCAAGCCAAAGGCAAGAACAAGAAGAAGAAGGACGAGCCGAGCUCGCCGGCAGCCUCUGAGAACUCUGACCCACUGACUCCGUCUUCGUCCAUGCCCACUGAGUCGUUUGAAUUCAAAGAGAUCGACUAUCCAGCUGCCAAAUGCCCAAACCGCGACUCUCACCUCGGCGACCACUGGAAAUCCGUCAACGUCUUCGCCACGCAUCUCAAUGGCAGCUGCUACCUCAAGAAGGACCGCGCGGCCGGUCGCGAGGCCAAUGCCAAGAUUGGUGGUACUCCGCGUGACAGCAGAGCCAAUUCACCCAAGCCUACCGCCAACGGUGGCGUCAAGAGAAAGGCCGAGGACGACGAGAAGGGCCCGGGUCCUGGCACCAAGAACAAGAAGCAGAGGACGGGCGGAGACGGAAAGAGGGGGGACAAGAAGGCUCCUCCGAGCAAGUUGAAGGAAGUCAACAAUGUGGACGACGGCAAGUCGGACGAGAGCCCCAAAAAAGAGGCCAACGGCGACACGGCCCAAGGGACGCCCACCAAGGCGGCGGCGGCGGCGGCGGCCAGAGCAGCGAGCUCGGAGCCGCAAAUCAAGCUCAAGCUCAAGGCGAGCGCUGGCGCCGGUGCUGCUGCUGCUGCUACGGGAGAGGGACCGGCUCGCAAGAGGCCGAGCAAGGCCAACAAGAAGGAAAGAUAA